AGUCAGCUGGGCGCCUAGGAAAGAAGCAUCAUGGCGGCGUCCGCUGCUAGCGUGCUGUGUGGCUUACGCAGAGCCUUGGUACCGUCUUUGGUGGUGAUUUUAGGAGCUACCGGCACCGGGAAGUCCAAGCUGGCGAUAGAGCUCGGAAGACGGCUUCAGGGAGAAAUAAUCAGCGCCGACUCCAUGCAGGUGUACCAGGGCCUGGACAUCAUCACCAAUAAGGUGACAGCUGAGGAGCGCGCUCAGUGCAAACAUCACAUGAUCAGCUUCGUGGACCCGUUGGUCAGCGGCUACACGGUGUUGGACUUCAGGAACAAAGCCCUGGCUCUAAUGGAGGACAUGCACAGCAAGGACACACUGCCAGUCGUUGUAGGAGGAACAAACUACUACAUUGAGUCUCUGCUGUGGAAAGUCCUGGUGGAUACAGGGCAGGAGACCAGGGCGCCAGGGGACGGAGGAGAUGGGGCUCUGGACAGGAAGCUAGAGCUGGAGAAACUGGGAGUAGAAGAGUUACACAAACGACUGGCGGAGGUUGACCCCAAAAUGGCGGCCAUGCUGCACCCCAAUGACAAACGCAAGAUAACCAGGAGUCUUCAGAUCCACGAGAUGACGGGCGUCUCUCAUACCCGCUGGCUGCAGGAGCAGAGGGGGCAGGAGGGGGGCGAUGGGCUCGGGGGGCCGCUGAGAUACUCAGACCCCUGCAUCUUCUGGCUGCACGCUGACAUGGAAGCUCUAGACAAGCGGCUGGAUGCUCGUGUGGAUGAGAUGUUGUCUGCUGGACUCAUAGAGGAGCUCAGAGACUUCCAUGUUCGCUUCAAUCAACAGAAAGUCCAGGAUGACAGUCAGGACUAUCAACGUGGGAUUUUCCAGUCGAUCGGUUUUAAGGAGUUUCAUGAGUUCCUGACCGCUCCUGAAAGCAGCACCCAGCAGGAGAGAGACGCGCUUAAAGACAAAGGAAUAGAAGCUUUGAAGAUUGCCACGAGGCGUUACGCCCGCAAACAAAAUAAAUGGGUCCGUAACCGCUUCCUUAAACGACCCGGGGACAACGUGCCGCUGGUGUUUGGCCUGGAGGUGACGGACGUGUCGAGGUGGGAGGAGACGGUGCUGAACCCUGCACUGCAGAUACUGGACAGCCUCAGCAAGGGUGAGGAGCCAGCGAUUCAGCCAAUCAGAGUGCAGGGGGAGGAGCAGCGGAACAAACGGAGCCGAAAUACGUGUGAUCUGUGUGAUAAGAUCAUCAUCGGAGACCUGGAGUGGACAGCUCACCUGAAAUCCAAAAAGCAUCACCAUCAUGUGAGGAAGAAGAGGAAGACUGACUCAGGCUGUGAGGUCUCCUCCUCUGCUGUGGACAGCGUCUCUGAGGACUCCUCUGCUGCUGUUGCCCCCGGCAGCACAGAAACCUCUCAGGAGUCAUCCCCAGUAACCGUGACAACACACAAGGAAGUCCCUGUGACUUUUUAAGGGUGACCGCAGACUCUGGACAUCUUCACUCAGGUUCCCAACACUGUCCUGCACAAACAGCUGUUUUCUUACCGUCCUUAUAGGGCUGCUAACUUGGUUCCCCUUCUGUUUGAUCGUCCUGGAGUACUAUGGGAUGACACAGGAAUUUAUGACACUGAAUGUGGAUGCCAAUGAAGAUACUCGAAAUUCACAACGUAUUUUUUUACCUUCAUCCGUAAAGUAUAUAACCUUCAAGCGGUUCAUCUUGAGGCUGAAGGACGAUUCAACAUUGGAGACACAAAGGAUAACCUUGACUUUUGAUGUGUGAUUUUGAAGGUUGCUUUGUUCCCCUUGCCUGUUAUUUAAAAUAAUUAACUAUUUUUUCACUUUAAAUGACGUGGCUAUUUUUCAUACUGUCCUUAUCUUCAAUUUCGUAUGUGUUAGCAUUUCUGCAUUCGAGUUUUUGAGUUUUUUUAAACUUGUCUUUAGCAUAAUCACAUUCUCUUUUCCCUUCAUCCACAAAAUUAACAUUUUCAAAAAAAUGAAGGAUUUUAAAGUUUGUUUACCAAUAGAGGAUGUAGUGAUUUGAUGUGGCAAACUCCACGUCUGUGCCUUUAAACUGCAUUAUCUCUAAUGGCCAGCAGGGGGCGACUCCACUGGUUGAAGUGGGAAGUUUGAUUGUAUAGAAGUCUAUGAGAAAACUGAACUUAAUUCUCACUUGAUUUGUUACCUCAGUAAACAUUUUCCCAAUGAAA